CACCCCCUGUCACCAGACCCCGCCCCUCUCAAUGACACUGACUUUAAAUCUCUCUCACCCCACUAGUCUGAUAGUAUAACUCUGGUAUAAGAUGCACGGCAGUGACUGGCAGAGGAAGGGACAGGACUACUCUCUGAGAUCAGCAUUUCCCAGCAUUUCCAGCUGCUGGACACCUCAGAUGUGGGCUCCUCUCCGCUCAGCAGCUGCAGCAGGUUUUUAACUGUGAUAUUAUUUUUCUCCCCAUCCUGACAAUUUGCAUCCAACAGUAAUCAUUCCUUCCGAUGCAUGCACAGUGCCACAGCUUGCCCAUGGGACUUAUCCUAGCCAGUGUAAUGACUACUCACAGCUGAUUGUACAUUUCUCCUCAUUGGACUGUAAGUUUCUCCUGAAAGGAUUGGAUCAGUCUGUUGUUAGACUGCAAUCAUGAAUAUCUCCAUUCAGAAUGAUUCAGCCCUUAAUUUCACAAAUGGCAAUGAGACUUUUAUUAACCCCUUCCUCCAGCCAACUUGGCAAAUAGCCCUCUGGGCUGUAGCCUAUUCCAUCAUCGUCAUUAUCUCGGUGGUUGGGAAUAUAAUUGUCAUGUGGAUCAUUCUAGCCCACAAAAGAAUGAGGACUGUCACCAACUAUUUCUUGGUAAACUUAGCUUUCGCUGAAGCAUCAAUGUCAGCCUUCAACACAGUGGUUAACUUCACCUAUGGCAUGAAUAACCAGUGGUACUAUGGACUGGUGUACUGCAAGUUCCACAAUUUCUUCCCAAUAUCUGCUGUGUUCACCAGCAUCUACUCCAUGACAGCUAUAGCCCUGGACAGGUAUAUGGCUAUCAUACACCCGCUGAAACCGAGGCUAUCUGCUACCGCCACCAAGGUUGUAAUUUGUGUCAUUUGGAGUUUUUCCUUCUGCAUGGCCUUCCCUCUGGGAUACCACGCGGAUGUGGACAACAUGCAGGGGCGAGACGUGUGCUACCUGGACUGGCCUGGCUAUGAAUUAGGCCGGAAGUAUGAAAAAAUGUAUCAAGUGGCAGUCUUUUGCCUUGUAUAUGUACUGCCUCUGCUGAUAAUAGGAUGUGCAUACACCUUUAUUGGCCUGACUCUAUGGGCUAGUGAGAUCCCCGGAGACUCAUCAGACCGAUACCACGAGCAGGUGGUAGCAAAGCGCAAGGUAGUGAAGAUGAUGAUCGUGGUUGUUUGCACCUUUGCGACUUGCUGGCUGCCAUAUCACAUCUAUUUCCUGCUGCAGACCCUCGACGACACAAACCAAAAAUUCUACCAGCAGCUCUAUCUGGCCAUUAUGUGGCUGGCGAUGAGCUCCACCAUGUACAACCCCAUCAUUUACUGUUGUCUGAAUGACAGGUUCCGCAUUGGCUUUAAGCACGUGUUUCGAUGGUGCCCGUUCAUCCGUGCGGGUGAGUAUGAAGGGCUGGAAAUGAAAUCCACACGCUACCUUCAAACACAGAGCAGCAUGUACAAAAUCAGUCGUAUUGAAACCACCGUCUCGUCUGUCCUAAGCGCCAAUGACGAAGACGCAGAAGAAAACGGGAGGAGCAAGAAACGUCUCUCCUUGGACCUUACUUCCAAUGGUUCCUCUCGCAGUGUCUGUAAGACCAUGUCUGACUCAUCCAGCUUCUACUCCAAUAAUCUGUCAUAAAAAUCAUGUUCCACCGACACCAAAAUUGUCCGAUGGUGUCUGUCUUGUGGUUCGAAAGUCCGGUAAACCGCCUAAACCCUAUUCUUAGGGGAGGGACAUGCUUCAUUCUUUUUUCUUUUGCCAGGCUACAAGUGAAAGAGAUUUUGUUUACAAAUCCAAUGUCUUUUCUCUUUAUUCCGCUGAUGUUUACAUCCUGAAAAGCUUCUAGCUCAUCUGCAGGAUUGUGACAUGUUUACAUUUUUUUUUUCACCAUCUUAUUCUUUUUUUUUUUCUAUUACGCAAUAGGGUAUUCCAAAGACGAAUAGCCCUGUUAGAUAUUCCCAGAAGAAGAAAAAAAACAUAGAAAUUGAGAUAUUUGCAUCUCAGGGAGUUGUCAGUGUUCUUUGAUAAAUAUUAUAAUAUUAUAUAGUUCAGAAUAUUUUCAGCUUUUUAUUUUAAACAACUUAUUUUACUAAAAGAAAUACCCAAAAUAUAAUAAUUGCAUAGUUGUUUAAAAAAAUUAAAAAAAAGCCUAAAACCUUAUUUAUGAUAGAUGUUAGUAUUUUAUUCAGAGUAAUAUAAAGUAUUAUUUAAGAAAAAAAAGUUAACUUUUGAAUUGUAGUCUAAAAUAUGACAUAAUUAGAUAAUGUUAAUUGGCCUUUAAAUAAAUAAUAAUAAUGAUAAUAAUAUAGUUUAUUUAACACCGUGAUUCAAAGAGAAAAACUGUAAUGCAACCUAUAGCAGCCAAUUUGCAAGUAACUUAAGAUUUUGGAAACAAACCUGAUUGGUUCACGAGUUCAAGACACAGCGACAUAUUUUAAGAGCUGUCUUCUAGCAGAAAGUAUUCAUAUUUUCAUGUAGUACUUGGCUUAUAACAACCAGCAUUAUCUCAAAGGUGCUAAAAGUGGAGCAUUAUACCUCCCUCUGGGAUUCUGGUUAUCUGUAAAGAUCAACGCAGGCUGUAUUCAAGUUGGAUUUAUGUUCAGAAAAUCUUUCCAUAGUAAUGAGCCAAUGGAUCUGGAUACAGGGUUUUUCAAAACAUGCAAGUAUGGCAGACCUGUCAGGUGUGUGCCUAGCAUAAAGAAUGAUCUCCAGGUCUCCUAGGAAAAGUUAAAGAUGCGUGAUAAUGCUAGUUAUUAUACACUAGGUAUGAGAAUGUAAACGCUUACUGUUAUAAGAAGGCCCUCACUGCAUUAUCCGUCUAACCCACCUUUACAAUAACUCUAAUGGGUGGAUUUUUUGGCUAUCGCACCAUUUUAUUUAAUACAACUUCUGAAUACUUUAAAAUGGAGGCAGAGAACUGUGGCAGGUUAGUUUCUACAGCUUUUGUGGUUCAAUGCAGAAUUCUAAAAAAGCAAAUAUGAUAGGGAUAUGGUCAGAUCGCGCUACCCAUGUGCCAGGUUCUAGGAAUGUUCCUGCAAAAUAGGAACUUAAGGUAAUUCGUCUUCCAGGAGAUGGGCAAACGAUGUCUAGAAACAGUUUUGUAGUACUGAUGUUAUCCAGCUUUUACACACCACUGAUUGGUUACCUGCUCUGAUCGUUUCUAUAAACCUACUGCUCCGGGACAGUAGUUGCAUAAAUCUAUAAUGCCACCAGAAUCUCAUGAUAAAGGGCAAAUAGCUUAAAAAUAUAAUGUUAAACUAAUAGUAAAUGUAUUGCACAAUUGAAUAUAAUUGAACUCAGCAGUUUAAAGCAUUUGAACAAUUGCACAAAUGUGAUUAUAUUAAUUGUUUUACUCUCCUGCGCUAUGCGUAGAACAGGCCUGGCCAACCUGUGGCUCUCCAGAUGUUGUGAAACUACACAUCCCAGCAUGCCCUGCCACAGUUUUAGCAUUCCCUAAUGGCAAAACUGUGGCAAAGCAUGAUGGGACUUGUAGUCUUACAACAGCUGGAGAGCCACAGGUUAGCCAGGCCUGGCGUAGAACAUGACACUCCCAAUAGCACUACCAGCAGUUCUGCUUUGUUCAUAACUGUCUCAAUAAUUAAUCUGUCAACAUAAUUUAGGUCAAGUGAAAGAGAGCUAUUCAAAUAGAAAACGUUUUCAAUGAUAGUUCCCAUGUAGACCAAACCAAAUAAGAACCUCCCAGGACUCUAGGUAAGAUGUUGGUUUGGACCCACUGCUGCCCCUUUUUGUCAAAUUAACAUUUAUAAAAAUAAACAGGUUAUCUGGGCUAGGGUUGACCAUCGAUAAUUUCAACCUUUUAUGGUCUGAUGGUGAUGGCAACUAGUUUUACCAUUGAUGGGAGGCCACCGAGGGUGUACAUCGGUGGUGGAGUCCCAGUGGCUGAUGCCAGCCGUGAUCUAUGCAUGCACAGAGUCAAACCAUUGAUGGUUUCUAAUCGAUGGUUUAAAAACAUCAACCACCAGUGGCAGAGCCAAUGCUGGACAACCCUAAUUUUGACAAUAGGAGAAGCUUGGGUAGCUAAAUAAGUGAACCAGCUGUGCAUGUAGUAUCAUCUUAUAUACUUCGGUGUCUCAGAGGUUAGCCUGCAAAAAAUUCAAUAUGAAUAUAAAUUAAAAAUGAAGGAUUGUUAAUGCCAAUAUUGCAGAACAUUAUGGGGUAUAUGCAA